CCGGUUUUGAGGCUUGAUUCACGCGAGACUCGCAGCGCUACACAGUCUGGGAUUUAACACCUCUGUGCCAUGAGACUCUCCGGGUACUUCAUCCGGGCGAGAGAGGAGGAGAAGCGAUGGACAGCGAGAGAGACGGAGAGAGAGAGACCUGCAGCAGCGCUGAACGGAGAGGAAGUGAGAGACUUUUACCAGAGUCUGUUUGAAAACAAGGAUGGAGUGAGGAGAGACGAGAGGAGAGGAGGAGAGGAGAGACGAGAGGACAGAAGAGAGGAGAGGAGAGACGAGAGGAGGGCGGAGAGGAGAGACGAGAGGAGGGCGGAGAGGAGAGAGAGACGACGAGGGAGAGCAGGACGGAGUGAUGGAAAAGGAGGCGGAGCUUGUGAAGGAGGGGUGAAGAGUAUUGGAGGUGAGGUGGAGAGCUCGGUCGCGGCGCCCCCCGCAGGCCGUCCGGACGGUUACAGGCUGCUGCGGUGUGCGGAGCAGGGGGACGUACGGGGCGUGGAGGACGUCCUGAGACGAGGCUGUGACGUGAACUUCAGAGACCAGUUUAACUGGACCGCGCUGAUGAGCGCCUCGUACUCCGGCAGAACCGACACUGUCCGAGUCCUGCUCCACAGGGGGGCGCUGUGGAGAACAAUCACUGACUCACAGGGGAGGGAUGCACGUGAUCUGGCUCGUCUCGCUGGUCAUCGCGAUGUCGUCACUGUACUGGAGCAAUUCAGCUUCACACAGAACUCACACACCUCACACACACCUGCUGACCCAACACACAGCUCCCCUCAGUGGUGUGAGGUGUGUGAGGUGUGUUACACAGACAGCGCACACACACACACCUCGUCCACACUGCACCAGUUCAGCCUGAAGCGUCCUCCGUCGCUCCCUCAUUACUGUCUCACUCCCUCCAGCGUAGGGUACAAGGUGAUGCUGCGUUUGGGAUGGAACCCUCACUCCGGCCUCGGUCCCGAACACUCGGGUCGCCGCGACCCCGUCGGCACCGUGCUCAAAUCCGACACGGCCGGCCUCGGGUUCGGGCCCGCGCCCAGGUCAAAGGUCACGCACUUCAAGGCCAACGACGUGCAGGCGGUCCGCAGGACCCCUAAAAGACGAGAGGAGAGACAGGAACGAGGGACAACGGUCAGUGCUAAGGUCAGGAAGAGGACGGAGGAGAGGCAGAGACAGUGGGAGAGAGAUUACCGCUCCUCCUUCAACAUCCACUCAUGAUCUUUCACCUCUGCUGCUGCAGUCAGGUGACUUUAUUGCCCUCUAGUGGCGUGAGACAUGACAAACUGUUUACUUGAUCUGUUUCAUUACAUUACUUUAUCACUAAAGUUUCUCUAUCUCACACUGUAAAUGUGCUUAUUUUUAUUUUCUACUGAUAUUAAUGCGAUAAAACACCAAAAAUAAACCGGAACCCUCCUUAAUCUGUAGUGUGAAGUUUUAUUAAAACACAGCUGCUGUUUGUUAACGUUUCCAGCGAAGGCAGGUGUGUAAACCUGCUUGUAGUGCUGCAGGCAGUGCACUCGUACCUGUACCUGCAGUAACGCGCUGCAGAAUACGCUCGUUAAGCAAUAGUGGGCGUGUCCACAGGAGGGUUUUGUUCGGCUGAUAUUCAACAUUUUCCCACAAACUCACUUUUACAUUCUUUUACAUCCUGUGAAAGGAAAAUGUUCAUCAAAGCUGCAUAAUAACAUCCACAAAUCCCAACAACUAGUAUCAACAUGAUGCCCUGUGGGCAAUGAGAGAGAGACAGAGAGACGUACAGAGAGAGAGACAGCGAGAGAGAAAGACAUACAGAGAGAGACAGCGAGAGAGAGACGUACAGAGAGAGAGACAGCGAGAGAGAAAGACAUACAGAGAGAGACAGCGAGAGAGAGACAGAGAGACGUACAGAGAGAGACGGCGAGAGAGAAAGACAUACAGAGAGAGACAGCGAGAGAGAGACAGAGAGAGAGACAGCGAGAGAGAAAGACAUACAGAGAGAGACAGCGAGAGAGAGACAGAGAGAGAGACGGCAAGAGAGAAAGACAUACAGAGAGAGACAGCGAGAGAGAGACAGAGAGACGUACAGAGAGAGAGACGGCGAGAGAGAAAGACAUACAGAGAGAGACAG